AUGCUGUGGAAUUCCGGCGUCUCUGCGUUCUCGGGCGGAGUGAGCGCAAACCCAGCCACGGUCAAUCUCAGCUAUCGGUCACUCAAUCGAGCGUUUCCAGAUCACAGACGAGAUGAGGCGGACGACACUCAACCGUGGACACCACACGACUUCUACAACAGUGUGCACGUGCCAGCAAGAGACGUGGAUGUGAAAGAGCAUUUCCAAGACGUGCUUGAUACUGAGCUAUAUCCCUUUCAGAAACGCGCUGUUCACUGGAUGUUGGAGCGAGAGGGGGUGCAGCUCUCCGACGGUCAGAUUCGGAAGAUACCCAACGUGCAGAAUCGGCGGGAUGUGAAAUUCUUCCACACAAGCGAGGAUCUCAAUGGAAACACAUGCUACGUCAGUAAUCUGCAAGGCAUCGCGCAACGAGACCCACCUUCAGAAGAAGACAAACCACUUUUGGGCGGACUGUUGGCAGAAGAGAUGGGCCUGGGCAAGACGGUGGAAUUGCUGGCCCUCGUACGCUCUCAUCCCCAGGUCGGAGUUGCGCGUGAUCGAGUAUUCGAUGCAGCUUCAAACACGCAUGUCACACCUUCCAAGGCCACGCUAAUCAUCACUCCCCCGACGAUCCUACAGCAAUGGCUCUCUGAACUCGCCAAACACGCGCCCGCUCUGAAGGUCCUCGUGUAUGAAGGCAUCACAGCCAAAUCGUCAAAAGACCAGACCCAACUAUUUGCCGACCUGACGACGAAUUACGACGUCGUAUUGACGACCUACAACACUUUGGGGCGAGAAAUCUACUUCGCUGAGGAUCCGCCCGAACGUAACAUGCGCCACAAGCCGAAGUUUGAGCGCAAGAAGAGCCCUUUGGUGCAGAUCCAGUGGUGGCGCAUCUGCCUUGACGAAGCUCAAAUGGUCGAGUCUGGAGUCACGGCCGCCGCUCGAGUUGCCCGCGUGCUGCCACGCGUGAACAGCUGGGCCGUCUCCGGCACACCGCUAAGGAAGGAUGUCUCGGACCUCCACGGCCUAUUGAUCUUCCUACGCUUCAAGCCCCUAUGCGACGACGCAAAGCUCUGGCGGCGUCUCAUUGCCGAUGGGAGACACCUGUUCCGGGACAUCUUCAAAAGCAUUGCGUUGAGGCACACCAAAGCUCAGAUUAGAGAGGAUCUCAACCUUCCACCGCAGAAACGUGUCGUCAUCACCGUGCCAUUCACUGCAAUCGAGCAACAGCACUAUGGAAGUCUCUUCAAAGAGAUGUGCCAGGCGGUGGGUGUGGGCGAAGACGGCUCGCCGACGAGCGAUCAGUGGGACCCGGAGGAUCCGGCCACAGUGGAGGCGAUGCGCACGUUUUUGGUUCGUCUGCGGCAGACAUGCCUUCAUCCGGGUGUCGGCGGCAAAAAUCGCAAGGCUCUCGGCAAAGGCACUGGUCCGUUGAGAACGGUCGAUGAGGUGUUGGAAGUCAUGAUUGACAACAACGAGACCAGCAUUCGCACCGGCGAGCGUACACUUUUGGCCACACAACUGCUGCGAGGACAUAUUUAUGCUUACGCGGGGGAUGACCCGCAUAGGUAUGACAAGGCUCUCCCUAUAUAUCUCGACGCUGUGUCGUCGAGUGAGGUGUCGGUGAAGGAAUGUCGAGAUCGUCUUGUGGCCCUGAAAGCGAGCCAGCAUUCGGGGGACUUCAUUCCUCUGGAUGGAAAGGUCGAAAUGGACGAGACGGACGACGAAGAUUCAAGCUCGGAAUCGGCACCGAUCAUUGGUCGAGAGAGGAACAAUCUGCGUACCUCACUCCAAAUGCAGCAUGCCUGCACAUUCUUCGCCGCUACCGCAUACUUCUUGAUCAAAUCCGACGAGAGCCUGACUCCCCCGGAUUCGGAUCGUUUCAAGGAGCUGGAAGAGAAAGAAAUGAGUCUAUACGAGCGGGCCAAGCUCGUGCGAAGGGAGAUCUUGAAGGCGAGUGCACGAAGGGCGGAGAGUGUAAUGAGCACGAUUCGUGACAUGCAGGCCAAGGACGAAUUGACAAAGAUCCCCAAGAUCAAAGAUCUGGAGAGUCUCGGUGGGAUCGAAAGCCGACGCAUCGUCGAGAAGAGCGAUUUGCUUUUCGAUGGAAUUCGGGCACUGGUGCAAGUCAUUGUCGGCUGGCGGAGUAAGAUGGCCGAGUUCCUGUUGAAACCCUUAGUGGACAACGAGGAUGCCGAUGAAACCACGGGUGAGGAGUAUGAGGACUCCACCAAGCAGCAAGAUGAGCUGUAUGCGUACUUUGACGCCUGCAAAUUCAUCCAAGCCGACCUCAACACCGUCAUCAGCGGUGAGGCGGCACCUCUCAUCGAUCACGAGGCCCAGAUGCUCCGAAGGCAUGCGAAGAUCGCGGUACACGCUCCUGAACUCACGCUGGAGCUGUUGACGGUUCGCAACAAGCUUCGCGAUGAUUAUAAAGACAUCGGAUCCAUCCGUGGUCUUAUACAGGAGACGCGUGGUCUGGAGACUUCGCUGCAUGGACAUGAAUCUGGGGCGCGAGCUGUAGAGCGCGUGCUGGUCCGGAAACAUCUCUCCGCUCUGCAGUCGGUCUUCACCACCUAUACCAAGACCCUUGAAGCUCUGGAGAAGGAGAUCGACCUCUUCCGCUCCACGCAGAAUCGACGGCUGGAGUUUUAUAGACAGCUGCAAGAGCUUUCCGAUGCUGUGAAACCGUACAAGGAAGAGCUCGACGAGCAUCUGGACGCAGAAGCCAUGCAGGCUGCGACGCACAAGGAAAUGGAUCAAAAGAAGAACUUGUCAAAAAGCAAGAGCCACCGGCGAUAUCUUCUUUCCCUCCGAGACAAGACCGAGCCCGAGAUCUGCAUCAUCUGCGUGACCAAGUUCGAGAAUGGCGUUCUGACCACUUGCGGACACCAGUUCUGCAAGGAAUGCAUUCAGCAGUGGUGGAGCUCGCACCAGAAUUGUCCCAAGUGCAGGACUCGCCUUAAGUCGGCGGACUUCUACAACGUGACGUACAAACCUCAGCUCCUCCGCGCACAGGAAGAGGUGCUGUCCAACUCCACCUCUCCGGACACCUCGGCCUCCCCCUCUUCCAGUUCCCAAAACGCCAACGCGUCCGCAUCGAUUUAUGCGGACGUUGACACUCAUCUUCUCCAGGAGAUUCAAUCGACCGACCUUCCCGCCCACUAUGGGACGAAAAUCGACACUCUCGGCCGCCAACUGCACUGGCUUCGUUCCCACGACCCCGGCGCAAAGACCAUCGUCUUCUCCCAGUUCCGCGAAUUCCUCGACAUCUUGGGCACAGCUCUGCGCGACUUCAAGAUUGGCUAUGCUCGCCUCGGUCGUCCAGGCGCGGUGGAGAAGUUCAAGCAUGAUCCCAGUAUUGAUUGCCUGCUGCUCGACGCCAAGACGGAUUCUUCUGGCCUGACGCUCGUCAACGCCACGCACGUGAUCAUUUGCGAACCCCUUGUGCAGACUGCCGUGGAGCUACAAGCUAUUGCGCGCGUGCAUCGUAUUGGCCAGACGCGCCCCACGACCGUCUGGAUGUACCUCACUCAAGACAGCGUCGAGGAAUCUAUUUACGAACUCUCGGUCACCAGACGCCUGGCGCACGUGCAGUCUCGCCAACAAAAGACAAAGCAGGCGCAGAAGUCGCGAUCCUCUACUCCAGCGCCUCAGCUGAGCGUGCAGCAGAGGGAGAAUGCGAUUGAGGUGGCGAAUUCGGAGGAGCUGCAGAGCCAGCCGAUCUCCAAGUUGUUGGUCCCGGGCAAGGGCGGGGGUGAGAUUGUGGGGAAUGGGGAUCUCUGGCAGUGUCUUUUUGGCAAGGCGAAGAAGGUGCCGGAGAAGGGGAUGGGCCAGGGUGGGGAUGCGAUGGAGGAUGUCCGGCCUGGGCAGGUCUUCCAGGGGAGUGAAGAAUGGAUGGAAGAGUGA